AUGGCAGACACUCUCUCGCGCGUCCCCCUCCUCUCCCGCGACGACGCAGAGCAGGCAGACCUCUCCCUCAGCGCACUCGCCCAUGCCUAUGGCGCACUCAAGGCAGGCAAGAUGCCCACCAGCGACCAGCUCGUCCGCGGAAUCCGCAAGAUCCUCGCAUCGUCACUCUUGCAGCCAGAGAUCGGUGGAAUGGCAGCGAAGAAGGUCGGAGGAGGCAAGUUGAGCAGGAAGGGCAGGGACGUCGUCGUCAACGAGCGCAGGGUCCUCGAGGCCAUCGCCAGGCUCGUCCUCGAGAAGAACGACGACGACAAGAUCCAGCGCUUCAUCUGGGAGGCCCGCAACGCCGACAUCGACGUCGACGUCGACGCAGACGUCAAGCUCGAAGUGCCCAAGCCGCCCGUCCCCUCCGCGAGCGAGUUGAAGGAGGCCGGCAAGUCGCUCCACGAACUCCUCUCGCUCCUCCUCACCUCGAACGAGCUCCGCAACCUCCUCGCCGACUCGCUCAACCUCUUCCGCGACCUCUUUGCCGACGCCGCCGAAGAGUUUGCCGAGGGAACGAUCGCUGCGACCCGCGCGAGCAAGAAGGCUGCGAAGCAGGUCCGCCCGAGCGACGAGCAGAAGGAGCGCCACGAGACGGGCCUCGUCAAGGACGACGACCACUGGGAGGACGUCAUCGCUCGCGGACAGGACAUCAGGAAGAGCAUCAAGCGCGGCGCCGAGGACAAGCGCGACGAGCUCCUCAAGAAGGGCGUCAAGAAGGGCCGUGCGCUCAAGGAGUACGCCGAGGAGAAGCUCCCGACCGACGUCAAGGACGCCGUCAUCGAGCGCUGGAGGGCCAUCGUCAACGAGAUCCAGAGCAAGCCCGAGUACCAGGACGCGGUCAACACCCUCUCGGACUUGACGCGCAAGUACUUCGACCUCGCAAAGGAUGAGCUCCAGCACGCAGCGGAAGCCUCGACGGCCAAGCUCAAGAACGUCGACGCCGAGGCCAACGAAGAAGCCAAGGACGCCGUCUCCCUCUUGCGCCAGAUCAUCGAGAGCUUUACCGGCAACUUGGACCCCGCUCUCCGCGCGACCGACGCGCUGUACAAUGACCUCAAGAACGACGAGAGGAUCCAGCAGGUUUGGAAGGAGUUUGAGGUCCUUGUUGACCGCUCGAUCAACGACCCCGGCUACCUCACGAGCCAGAAGGCCAGCCGCCGCUUCGAGGCGAUCUACGACCGCUCCCGCGCGAUCGUCGACAGCAACGCCGACUGGAAGCGCGACGCGAACGCCUUCAUCUCGGAAGUCCAGAAGCUCCUCGACAACGCCGCCAACGACCGCGCGCUCAUCGCCCUCGGCGACGCCUUCGAAGACCUCGGCGACUCGAUCGCCGUCUUCGCCAAGACCGGAUACAACCUCGUCGGGAUUGACGGCGGAGCGCUCUGGCAGGAUAUCUCGACCGUGUUCUUGCCGCGUCUCCUCGGCGCAGUCCAGAUGGUCCCCCUCCCUCGCGUCGAAUUCUCGAGCGAGGACGUCGACCUCAUCGUCGACAACAUCAAGUUCGAGGCCGCCUCGUUCAUCCCCGACGCCGCGCGCUUCAAGUCGAACGUCGAGUUCGAGACGAAGAAGGGCUACGCGGCUUACGCCUCCGAGUUCUCGGCCAAGACGACGCUUGCGUUCGCUGGUCUCCGCAUGAAGGCCACCAACAUCUCGUACUACAUCUCGAUCAAGCGCCACUGGCUCGGUCUCGAAGACAGCGGUCUCCUCGACAUCUACAUCGGCAACCCCGACGACCCCAAGGCCGACGACGGACUCGAUGCGACGCUCACUGUCUCGAACGCGACCGAGGAGGACCGCGAGUCGUUCUUCAAGCUCGAGAAGGUCGACGUCUCGCUCGAGAACUUCAACAUCGGCAUCAGGCAGUCGAGCCACCCGAUCCGUAACUGGUUCGCGCGUGGAGCUGUCAGGGCGUUCAUGGAGGUCAAGGUCAAGGAGGUUCUCGAGGAGCAGAUCGCGGUCGCCUUCAAGGAGAUGGACCGCCAGUUCUUCCUCCUCCAAGUCAAGUCCGCCGGCGCAGCGGGUGCCGCUUCGGACCCUCUCGCCUACAUCCGCGGUAUCCUCAACACCUCGGGCUCGUCCUCCUCACUCGUCGACGAGGUGACCAACACGGGAAUCCGCAAGGUCGGACCGCACGGCGAGUGGGUCCUCCAAGUCGGUAUCGAGGACGAGUUGUUGCCUGGCAAGCGCACCGCCUUGCAGCGCAAGGGCGAGGACAUCACUUCCCGCAAGCACUCGGUCGAGCGUCUCCUCGAGGAGGGUCGCGCGGAGCUUAUCGGUGCUGCGCGCGAGGCGGGCGCGAGCGUGGACAACGUCGAGCAGGUUGGAUACGAGGUCGAGGCGAGUGUGGGAGAGGCGGUUGACGAGGAGUCGAGGAAGGCGAGGAAGAUUGCCAAGAGGCGCCAGAGGGAGGAGGCGAGGCGCGAGGGAUGGAAGAGCGAGGCGUUCGACUUGGUUGUUUGA